AUGUAUUUUUUUGUGAUACUACCGCUGCUGUCGCUGUCUUUUUGGUCUGUAAUCUCUUACUACAGUUUUUGGAAAUAUGUUUAUAAUGGUCAAGUCCUAAAAUCAGGAGCUAUCUUAGAAGAUCAGCAUCAGAAAACUAUUGCAGACAAGGAUUCUCAUGAUUCUCAGAUAAAGAAAAGCAUCCCAGCAGAAUUACAUGGACCCGCUCUGAAGCCAGUGUUUGAAGGUUCUUUACCCGAGAACAACAAUUUCUUACAUUCUGCAGAUGCUGUUCAUCUGUCUUUGGUGGCUUGUGGUGAUCGUCUUGAUGAAUCUAUCGUUCUUCUCAAAUCAGCUGUACUUCUCACACAUCAGCCUCUCAUCUUUCAUCUUUUUGUUGAAGAUGUUUUACAGAAAAAUUUCAGAGAUCAGUUGGAAUUUUGGCCAGACGAGUUCAAGCGUAAAAUCUAUUACCGGAUUUUCCCCAUCAGCUACCCUAGUGACCAAAAUUCUAACGAGUGGCGAAAACUCUUCAAACCUUGUGCCUCACAACGUCUCUUUAUUGCUUCUUUUCUGACAGAUGUUGAUGCUCUUCUUUAUGUUGACACUGACAUUUUGUUCCUGAGCCCAAUUGGAGCCAUUUGGCAGCAUUUUAAUAAUUUCACUGCUUUACAAUCAACUGGUCUUGCACCUGAACAUGAAGAUGCUGUUACUGGAUGGUAUAACCGAUUUGCCAGACACCCUUACUAUGAGCCUUUAGGAGUCAACUCUGGUGUGAUGUUAAUGAACCUGACAAGGUUACGCAAGUCAAAUUGGCAGUCAGCAAUUCUUGAAUAUUAUAAAAUUUACAAAAUGUAUAUUGUCUUUGGUGAUCAAGACCUCAUCAAUAUCUACUUUCAUUUUCAUUCAGAUGAGCUCUAUAUAUUCCCAUGCCAUUGGAAUUAUCGACCUGAUCAUUGUAUGUACAUGAGUGUUUGCAAGUCAGCUGAACAAGAAGGGGCUGCCAUCAUUCAUGGCUGUCGAAGAGUCAUGCAUACAGAUAAACAACCAGCUUUUAAAGCCGUUUACUUAACGUUUUAUAAGCAUCGUCUUGGUGCUGACCUUCAGUAUAGCCUCCUGGAUACUCUGAAACGGGAAUUAGACAAUGUCUCAUCAACAAAAUGUGGUCAGGUCCGUUACAUAUUCAGUAAAUGGAUAGAAAAGGAGAUAUUAAACAGCCCCACAGAAAAUGGACACUGGUGA